CGCGGGUCAGGGGUCAGGCCGGAGAGUGGCGGCUGUUCGGUUACCGUCGGCCGGAGAGUGGCGACAGCGGGAUCGGAACCGGUCACCUCUCAUCCUCCGUCGCUCCAAGGAGAAAAGGCCGAGUUCACUCAACCUGUUUUCAUAAAAGAAGAAAAAAGGAGGUGCAUAGCAAGUCUGGGCAAGCAGGAACAAUUAAGAUCCAGGUAUCGUUGUUAUCAGCAGCAAACUGAGACCCCAUGAAUAAUCUGAAUGCACCAGGAGAGAAUUGGAAUAUCUUGCCCAAUCGCAGAGAUGGAGAAGGCGGUGGAAGCAAAUGGAAUUACGCUCUACUAGUUCCUAUGUUGGCUCUUGCUGCCUUCCGAUGGAUCUGGUCAAGAGAAUCGCAGAAAGAAAUAGAACAAGUGAAAACAGCAUGCAAGAACACGAUAGAAACUACAGAGAAAAAUCUGAAAUUGAUGUAUGAAGACAUCAUUGUUCAGAAUCGACGUUCACUUGCACGCUGUGAGCUGGAGCAGGAGAAGCUCAGAAGCAAAGUCCAAAGUUAUCGUGAAGCACUUUCUGCACAGAGCCACCGGCUAGUUGAAGAACGCCGGCAGCUGGAACAAGAGCGUAAAAAUAUAGAGGGGGAAAAGCGCUCCCUGCUACGGUCAGGAGUAGCCGGGGUUCUGUAUCGAGAUCUGGUGCGGAAAGAAGGAGAGUGGGAAACUCAAGCUAGAGCACUCAUAACAGAAUAUGAAAAUUCCCUGGUCAACAGGCAAAAUCUUUUCUGCAGUCUCUUUAGUCCGAAACAAGAAAGACUUGAAUUAGAGAGGAAGAUGCUCAGUAAAGCGGCUGCCAAUCCAAUUGCUAGACAGUUGGGCAUCGAAAAUGAUUUGAAAUAUAUCUUUAACUAUGAAACACACUGUGCAAAUGUACAAAACACAGACAAAAGAAAGAAUGGCAGGUUGUUGUGGGUUUAUCUGAAAUAUUGGGAACUUCAAGCCGAGCUGCAAAAAUUGAAAAAAGUAGAAAAAGCCUUUUUGGAUAAUCAGGUUAAUUAGAAUACUGGUCAUUUAAAACAAAUACGAGGAAGACAUCUGCAGAGAAAGCAAUGAAAAAUGGAGACAAUUUAGUGGCUCCUGUUAUCAUCAGUCUACAAAACACAGCGUAAUUUGUAUUACACACGAAAUGCUGGAGGAACCCCACGGGUCAGGCAGCCAUCAAUAUUUCAGGCCCAGGCCCUUCAUCAGAAGGUGUAAUCUGAUUAAGUAACAUACUAUUUGUGUUCUGGUUCUACAUAACUGUUAGAUAGCUUACUGUUUGCCACAGAGAAAAAAAGUAAAACACCUGCAGUCUUGCUAUGAGAAUUUCCACCGGACUGAAUUAUGACUCUGGAAUGGCUAAGCUUAUACCAUAAAUGCAAAUUAAUCUCAGCACAUUUUGGAGCUGAUAAUUCCCAUUUUCAGGACUCUGAUCAAUGACAUCUCUUGAGGUGAAACUCUAUUUUAGAUUCCCUGAUUAUGAACAAAUGAAUUUGUGGCCCCUGCUUUAUUAGCAUAGAACAGUACAGCGUAGGAACAGGCCCCUCAGCCCACUAUAUUAUACCAACCCAGCUAAAAGUAAAUCAACCCCCCCCCCAAGAUGAAUCCCUCCUACCUACACAACAUUCAGAUCCCUCCAUCUUCCUCAUAUUCAUGUGCCUAUCUAACUGUCUCUUAAAAAUGUAAUGUAUUUGCUUCAACUACCAUACUAGGCAGCACAUUCACAACUCUGAGUAAAAAAACAAACAACUUGCACCUCACAUCCCCUUUGAACAUAGCCCCUCACCUUUAAUGCUUGCCCUCUGGUAUUAGACAUUUCUACCUUGGGAAACAGACACUCCCUGUCCACUCUAUCUCUGUCUCUCCUAAUCUUAUAAACCUCUGUCAGAUCUCCCCUCAGCCUCUGCUGCCCCAGUGAAAGCAACCCAAGUUUAUCCAGCUUCUUGUGAUAGCAUGUGCCCUCUAAACCAGACAGCAUCCUGGAAAACCUCUUUUGCACCCUUUCCGAAGUCUCAACAUCUUUCCUAUAGUGGGGCAACUAGAACUGUGUGCAAUUCUCCAGAUGUGGCUAAGCCAGAGUUCUAUAAACUUGCAACAUAACUUCUUGACUUUUGGACUCAAUGCCUUGACUAAUAAAAACAAGCAUUCCAUCCUUCAAAGUUGAAUUUUUUUCCAGUGGAAUUCAAUAAUUUAAUGGAUUUUGUUUGUCACUCUCAUGUUGUUAUUGUUAGACUCCUGAGUCAAGUAUUUUAUUAGUUAGAUAGAUAGACAGACAUACUUUAUUGAUCCUGAGGGAAAUUGGGUUUUGUUACAGUUGCACCAAUCAAGAAUAGAAUAUAGAUAAAACCAUAAGUAAAUAAUAAUAUGUAAAUUAUGCCAGAUGGAAAUAAGUUCAGGACCAGCCUAUUGGCUCAGGGUGUCUGACCCUCCAAGGGAGGAGUUGUAAAGUUUGAUGGCCACAGGCAGGAAUGACUUCCUAUGACGCUCUGUGUUGCAUCUCGGUGGAAUGAGUCUCCGGCUGAAUGUACUCCUGUGCCCACCCAGUACAUUAUGUAGUGGAUGGGAGACAUUGUCCAAGAUGGCAUGCAACUUGGACAGCAUCCUCUUUUCAGACACCACCGUCGAGUUGAGCAUUGAGGGAAAAAAUGAAGAGGUUAUGACGCAACUUUAUAAAACUCGGAUUAGGCCACGCUUGGAGUGUAGUAUACACUUCUGGUUGCCCCACUAUAGGAAGGAUGUUGAGGCUUUGGAGAGGGUGCAGAAGAGGUUUACCAGGAUGCUGCCCACAUUAGAGGGCAUGUGCUAACACAAGAGGCUGGAUAAACCUGGGUUGUUUUCUCUGGAGCGGUGGAGACCAAGGGGAGAUCUGACAGAGGUUUAUAAGAUUAUGAGAUAGGAUAGAAAGAGUGGACAGAGAAUAUCCGUUUCCCAGGGUUGAAAUGUCAAAUACCAAAGGGCAUGCAUUCAAGGUGAGGGGAUAGGUUCGAGGGGUAUGUGUGGAGUAAGCUUUUUCACUCAGAGUGGUGGAUGCCUGCAAUGCGCUGCCCGGAACGGUGGUAGAGGCAAAGGAAGUUUUUAAGAGACAUUUGGAUAGGCACCUGGAUGUAAGGAAGAUGGAAGAUAUGGAUAUGCUGUAGGUAGGAGGAAUUAGUGUUUGGGUGUUUUGAUUUGCUUUUUAGCUGGUUCGGCAUAACAUUGUGGGCUAAAUGUCUAUUCCUGUGCUGUACUGUUCUAUGUCCUAUUGUUCAUUCAAAAAUAUCAGCCUAGUAAUUAAUCUAACUCUGUACCUUAAACAUAACUGGGCUUUCUGUUUAUGGGUCUUGCAGACUGGAAAUAUUCCAUUUACUUGAAGGAAGCCCAUCAUACACAAUGAUGCCAAAUGGUUUAGCCUACACCCAUUUUAACCAUCAAAUUCACUUGAAUAUUCGAGGUCUGCAAGCAUCAUAAGGCACUCACGUUUUAAGCAGGUUUUAAGCAGAGGAUUAUGGCUUGCUUCAGCAGGUAGUGAAUUGUUCCAGGAACAAUUUGAUUGAAACCUUUCUCAAAAGCUGUUCUUCUCUUUUUAUGGAAAUAUCCUCACCUUCACUGAUCACGUUGAAUGGAAAUACUGGUUAAUACUACGUGUAUACGUUUCAGUUCAAUGCGUGUACUUUUCAUUUCAAUCAGCCACGAACAGACUCAAUGUGCCAAGUGGGCUAAUUCUACCCCUUUGUUUUAUAGUCUUGUCAGUGAGCUCGUGCUGUUCACUCCUCUUAAUUUCCAAUAUUUUGUUUUCUUAAACAGCACUAUAAAUAACACACACAAAACUCAGCAGGUCAGGCAGCAUCUAUAGGAAAGAAUCAGUCUAGAUUUUGGGCUGAGACCGUUUAUCAAGAGUGAGAAGGGGGGAAAAGCUAGAAUGAAAAGGUGGGAAGAGGGGAAGGCAACGAGCUGGAAGGUAAUUGGUGAAUCCAGGUGGGUGGGAAAGGUCAAGGACUGGAGAAGAAAGAAUUUGAUAGGAGAGGAGAGUGGACAAUAGGAGAAAGGGAAGGAGGCGGGCAUCCAGGGGAAAGUAAUAGGCAGGUGAGAAGGUCAGAGUGUGGAAUCGAGGAAAGAGGGGGAAAUUUUGUUCACCGGAAGGCGAAAUCAAAAUUCAUGCCAUCAGGUUGGAGGGUACCCGGACAGAAUAUGAGGUGUUGUUCCUCCACCUUGAGGGUGGCCUCUUCUUGGCGCAAAAGGGUGCCAUAAAUUGACAUCGGAAUGGGAAUGGGAAUGGGAAGUAAAAUGUUUGGCCACUGGGAAGUUCCACUUGUCACGAAUGAUGAGGAGGUGCUUGAUGAAGCAUCCUCCCAAUUUACCUCAGGUCUGACCAAUGUAGAGGAGGCCUCAUCAGGAGCACAACAGAUGACCCCAGCAGACUCACAGGUGAAGUGUUGCCUCACCUGGAAGGACUGUUUGGGCCCUGAAUAGAGGAGAGAAAGGAGAUGUAUAUGGCCAGGUGUGCCAAUUAAAAAUAUGGUAAGUACGUAAAUGAAGUAACUCCCAUUCCCAUUCUGACUGUCCUGGGAGUCCAUGGCCUGUCCUACUGCCAUGAUGAGGCUGCAGUCAGGAUGGAGGAGUAACACCUUGUCUCCCAUCUGGAUAGUCUCCAAUCUGAUGACAUGAACAUUGAUUUCUCGAACUUCCAGUCAUUGCCCUCUCCUUCCCCAUUCCCCAUUUCCCUCUCUCACCUUAUCUCCUUACCUGCCCAUCACCUCCCACUGAUCCUCCUCCCUCUUCCCUUUCUUCCACGGCCUUCUAUCCUUUCCUAUCAAAUUCCUCCUGUAGACCUUUAUCUCUUCCACCAGUCGACCUCCAGCUCUUGAUUUCACCCCUCCCCCUCCCAGUUUCACCUAUCCCCUUGUGCUUCCUGCUCCUCUCUCCCAAUCUUCUAACUCGCACUUCUCAUCUCUUUUGCCAGUCCUGAUGAAGAAUCUCAGCACAAAAUGUUUACACUUUUCCAUAGAUGCUGCCUGGCCUGCUGAGUUCUUCCAGCAUUUUGUGUGUUUUACUUUGAUUUCCAACAUCUGCGGAUUUUCUCUUGGUUUUGUUCUUCCUUUGGUUAAGGUGAUGGGCCUUUGUGUUUUCUGGUAUAAAAAUAAUGGGACGUGCAGAUGGAUUUCAAUUUCAGCAAUAACCAUAUCAAAAUGCAACCAAGAAGUAUUUAUAAUUAGAUAAAGUUGUGCCAAUAUAUAUCAAACUCCCAAAUACUUCCACAUUAGGAACAGAAGUCAAAAUGUGCUCAUAAGAACACGUUAGACUUGGUUACUAAACCUUGCUCAAUUCAGUGGUCCAAACUGUGGAUGAUCUGAUCUUUGGACUUGUGUAGGAGCCAUGUCUGUUCUCUGUCUGCUUCGUAUUCUGUGCUGCAGGGUUUAUUAUGGUAACGAGUCACAUUAGUGGGGGUGUGGUAAAAGUGAAAGUAGUAAAUUAUGUAUUGCUUUAUUUUGUGGCAGCUUGUGGCUUGCGAUUAGCAGAGGUCAAAUCUUUGCUGAUCACUUCAAGAUUGUGUGUUUGCUAAUUGCUAAUAGGGGUUCUGACUCUGGAACAAUCAUUUCAUUGGAGCUGAGGGUGCAUCAUGCAAGUAUAACAAGCCUGUAGUGGUCACAGGCUAAUGGUAUUUAUUUUGUUUUGAUUUUGGAUUAGUUUUAUUUGUAACAAUGGCCUAUAUAAAGAUGUGGAAAAUCAUGGGUAAGGGAAUUUGAGUUAUAUAUGUGGUUUUAAAUCACUUUUGUUCAGGAGUGAUUACUUUUGGAUUUGGCUAUUUUUAAGAAAUUCCCUUGUUUUUACAGAGUCAGAUUGUGUAUAAGUGUUUUCAGCAAGUGACUGGAUUGAAUUUGAGAUUUCUGGAUGAAGUGUGAUUUGUAUUGGAAUCUCUAAUUAUUGAAUAUGUAUAAAUAACUUUGAAUUAUUGUUUUAAUCCCGUACCGUUUAGAGAUUUGGGGUGAAAAUAUGAUUUUGUUUGAAUAUUUCAUUUGAUGUAUUUUUUUUAGCAAUAUCUUAUUUUUCCCCAUAAAACUGACGAGUUCAAACUGAUAAACUAUUCAAUAAAAUGAUGAAUUCCAGUAUUUUCUUGUCUAUAAUUAAUUAUUUUUAAUAAACAAAAGGUUGC